AUGGACGUUUGGAUAAAGAACUUUCUUAAAAUCAAACAAGACCACACGGAUCCGUCUGAUUAUGAGAAGUUCUUCACCUGCUUCAGGGACUAUCUAGCAAGACACCCCUCUUCUCAUCACAAAGUGUCGAAGCUCCUUGUAAAGGCGCUGGAUGUAUUUAAAAACGUGCAACUGAUUUCCAUAUCGUAUCGACUUCUUUAUUGCAUUGGCAUCGAGCUCGAAAUACCCGAGUCCACUCUUAAAAAACACUUCAGGAAUUCAUAUUUGAGAGAGCAUAUGUUCCCAUUACUGGAUAGAGUAUCCCCCGGAUUGUUUGACUCUGCUUUGCUGAAGCUAUUACGGAAUCCUCACUAUGAAUGCAAGAACUUCUUCAGCCUGAUGAAGUCCAAGAAGAGUUGGGUAAUGGAGUUCCUAAGCCUGAGAGAGAGACGUUUUGCCAGAAAGCAAAUGAUGCUUAUGAUUCAUACAGAGAUCUUCCACAGCAUGGACUACUUUGUAACAUUCUUUGGUCACAAGGAUAGAAGUCUAUCGUUUCUAGCCUUUGAAACAUUCAAGCUUUUUGUAGAGGGAUUUGUAAGGAGAGAAAGAGAAAAUGCAUCAGAAAGACAAGAAGCCCCGGUUCUCCUACACAAGGAAGGUAUGUUCAGUGUAUGGUGGGAUUAUGAAAGGACCUGGAUUUCUCUGGAGAUGCGUCUUGAGGUUGAAAGCCCGACAAACUUCCUAAUUCAUUUCACAGACUUCAUGCUCGAGAAAGAGAAACUCCUGGAGCUUAUUUCCGCUGGCAAUAAGAGUGGAGUUGAAAGCAUACUCAGGAGAUACAUAGAUCUAAGGGAGCCACUGAGUAUUCCCAAUUUCAGAUGGGCUUCGGAAGUGCCCCAGGGUUCUGAGCCUCUCAGAGGGGAAUGGGUAGAAGAGAUAUGCUUUGAAUAUCUCUUUGACGGAAAGACAUAUAAGGAGAUAACGGACUGCAUUGAAAUAUAA